AUGGAGAAGGACAUAAACCAAGAUGCCGAGAAGGCCAUACCGCGCACUAGUACUAGUGACGCUUCAUCAUCGUCUAGUUCGGGGAGCGAUUCUAUUCGUCUAGAACCCAUCCAGACUAACAGGACAAAUCACAGCCUGCGCAGUGUGGCAACACAUCGUCUCGACGGCACAGAUCCGUACCAAAAUUUGGAGAACGCUCUCACGCCGGAUCCAGAAUUUGCGGCCGAAUGCAUCGCACAUACCCGCACUGCUGCCAGCACGGCGAGUAACGCCUCCCGGCCCCCAGAUUUUGAGGUUGUCUUUGAGGAUGGCGACCCAGAAAACCCCAAGAAUUGGUCCACACUGUACCGAGCAUGGAUUAUCGCCGCUUUGGCUUACACGGGGUGGAUUGUGGUCUUGUAUAGUACCAGUUAUGCGUCGACCAUCCCCGGUCUAGUGGAGGAAUUCGACUCAUCAACCACAAUCGCAACUCUGGGUAUGACAACAUACCUGCUGGGCCUGGCUGCUGGCAGCCUGUUUCUGGCCCCCGUCAGCGAGUUGUAUGGCCGUCAAAAGGUAUACCUUGUGUGUCUUUCAUGUUGGGCGCUGCUCAUUCUUCCCAGCGGACUGGCAACAAACUUGACCAGUAUCAUUGUCAGCCGCUUCUUUUGUGCUUUCUUUGGUGCCGUCAUGAUUGCCAAUAGCCCUGGUACUGUUGUUGAUAUCGCCAACCCGGAAUACCUUGCAUUUGUGCUGUCCAUGUGGAGUAUCGCCCCAAUGAACGCGCCUAGCACUGGUGGAAUCAUCGGCGGCUUCGUUUAUCAGUACCUUGGAUGGAGAUGGAGUGGUUGGAUCGUCCUCAUUGGUGGCGGGGUCGGAAUCGGCCUCAUGGCUACAUGCAAAGAGACAUACCCUCCAACGAUCUUGCAACGAAAAGCAGCCCGGUUGCGAAAAGAGACUGGUGAUGAGCGAUGGUGGUGCCAAUUUGACCAGAGAGUUUCCAACUUCGAGCUCGCAAAGAUCAACCUCAAGCGGCCAAUCAUUUUAUUCUUCACAGAGCCUAUCCUUUGGUUCCUAAAUUUUUGGCUGUCUCUUGUAUACGGAGUGUUGUAUCUUUGCUUCGUUGCCUACCCCAUCGUGUUCUCGCAGCACAGAGGAUGGACUCCCGGUAUUUCUGGACUUGCCUUCUCGGGCAUUGGAAUCGGCACCAUGAUCGCUAUUCUGACUGAGCCUCUUAUCCGACGUUUCAUCAACUCGCAGCCUCGUGAUCCGGAAACUGGAAAGGUACCUCCAGAGGCUACGGCGCUCGUCAUGGCAAUCGGGUCCAUCUUCACAGCCGUCGGUCAACUAGUCUUUGCGUGGACUUGUCUCCCCACAACCAUUCACUGGGUCAUCCCCAUCAUCUUUGGAAUUCCCUUCGGUCUCGGCAACACACUGUCCUUCAUUUAUGGCGCAAACUAUCUUGCUGGAGCGUACGGCAUUUAUUCUGCUAGUGCGCUUGCUGGGAAUGCUGUCGUCAGGAGUAUAUUCGGGGGAGUCCUGCCUCUGGCUGGAGCGAGAAUGUACCAAGCUUUGACACCACAGUGGGCUGGAACAUUGCUGGGUCUGCUUGAGGUUAUGAUGAUCCCGAUCCCGUUUGUCUUCUGGAAGUAUGGCGCCAAGAUUCGAUCAAAGAGUCCCGUGAUUUGCCAGUUGCGCGAGGAGCAAGAGAGAUUGGACGCGAGGAGGGCAAGAUACCUGGCGAAGCUGGCAAGACGAGAGGCACAGGCGGCACAGAGAAGUUUGGAAAAGAACUCGGGGGCCGAACAGGAAGUUACUAUCACAGAAGGUCCUGAGGAAGAAAAGUUGUCCUCGGCGUAG